UGACGUCACAUCCGGACGGGAGCUCGACUCCUAGUUUUUGUUGGGACUGCGGGGCAAAUUAUCCUGUGGAGGGAGGACGGCGGUUUGAAAAGAAAAAGCGGAGAAACUGAACGAAAAAAAGCGGAGUUACAGAGGAUGGGACCAUAUAAACCUUCAGUUUAGCGGAGUACAAUGCAGGCGGACGUGCUUUCCCCGUGAAUUCCCAACUGGAGCCUUUUUUGUGUGGUACUGUUGCCCUCCUCCUCACCCAUCAUGCUGAGUUUUCUGCGCAGGACUUUGGGCCGGCGCUCCAUCCGCAAACAUGCAGAGAAAGCCCGUUUACGAGAAGCACAGCGGGCCACGACACACAUCCCUGCAGCUGGGGAUGCAAUGUCUAUCAUCACCUGCCGUGUUUCCUUACUGGACGGGACGGAUGUCAGCGUCGACCUGCCGAAAAAAGCCAAAGGUGAAGAACUGUUUGAGCAGAUCAUGUACCAUCUGGACAUUGUAGAGAAGGACUACUUUGGACUGCGCUUCAUGGACUCGGCACAGGUUCCGCAUUGGCUCGACGUCACAAAAAGUAUCAAAAAGCAAGUAAAAAUCGGUCCACCAUACUGCCUUCACAUGAGAGUCAAAUUCUACUCGUCAGAACCGAACAACCUGCAUGAAGAACUCACCAGAUACCUUUUUGUGUUGCAGUUGAAGCAAGACGUCCUCAGUGGCAAGCUUGAAUGUCCAUUUGACACAGCGGUGGAGUUGGCUGCCUUCUCUUUGCAGGCUGAAUUAGGUGACUGUGAGCCACUAGAACAUAAUCUGGACCUGGUCUCAGAAUUCCGGUUCAGUCCAGAGCAGACAGAGGAUAUGGAGCUUGCAAUAUAUAAUGCAUGGAAGGAGUGCAGAGGUCAGACACCAGCGCAGGCUGAGAUCAACUACCUAAAUAAAGCGAAGUGGUUAGAAAUGUAUGGGGUGGACAUGCAUAUGGUCAAGGCAAGAGAUGGUAAUGAGUACAGUCUGGGUUUAACACCCACUGGAGUUCUGGUGUUUGAAGGCGAAACAAAGAUCGGACUUUUCUUCUGGCCCAAGAUAACUCGUCUGGAUUUCAAGAAGAGCAAACUGACACUAGUGGUGGUGGAGGACGACGACCAGGGUAAAGAGCAGGAGCACACCUUUGUCUUCAGGAUGGACCAUCCCAAAGCCUGUAAGCAUCUGUGGAAGUGUGCAGUGGAACACCACGCUUUCUUCAGGCUCAGAGGGCCGGUGGAGAAAAACUCUGCACGCUCUGGGUUCAUACGUAUGGGGUCACGCUUCAGAUACAGUGGAAAGACAGAGUAUCAGACAACCAAGGCCAGUAAAGCGAGGCGCUCAACCUCAUUUGAGAGGAGACCUAGUCGUCGUUACUCCAGAAGAACCAUGCAGAACAGAGGACCAUUCAACACCCAGGAGGUGCUUUCUUCAGGUAAUGGCGUGAGCUCCAAUAAAGGAAACAAGGUUUCUGCAAGCAGAGGCGCCUGGUCUGGGGUGAGCCCGAUAACCGCUACAACCUGUGGACCAAUUGAAAUCGAGGCUUUACCCAGAAGUCCUGGAGGAGAAAAACGAGGCUUCCCGGUUGUUGCUGACCUGAUGGAGACGUGCAUCGACGAUGUCCUCAGGGCUCCAGUUGUUCCUCCCAUCACAGCUGCAGAUGAGGUCCGACCGUGUGCUGCUUACGCCGCUGCUGGCGUACCUGCAGAAGAUCCACUCAGUCUUGCUGACGCAGCAGCUCGUUUGAAGCAGCUGGCGUUGGAGAGCAGUCCACUACUUGCGACUCCAAGAAAUAAUAUCAACAUUAAUGUGGCCAUGAACAACCAGGACGACUUGGUGAAACUCUCAGAGAAAUGUGGUCUGAGCAGUCCAGGAAGUAGUCCGGUUGUCACCCCGCUGCGCACCCCAGAGGAUCUCAAGAGCAACAUCCUGAAAGCUCAAGUGGAAGCUGCUGCACUGAAGGGUCAUUUGGAGGAACAUGUCAUGGCCGUUGGUGACAAGAACUGUAACUUGCAGGAGGCCACUGCAAGGUUGAAGGUCAGUUCGGGCCGAAUGGGCAGUAACUCGUCUCUUUCUGUUAGCAGCCGACCGGAUCCCCAAGACUCCUGGGAGCUGCUGAAGCCGGCCUCGCCGGUCUCCUCCGCAGCAGCCAGUGCUGAGAGGUUGGUGGAGGACUCAACCCCAUCUGUUCCCAAGAUUCCUGCUGUCAGUGAAGGCUUGGCACCAAAGGUUAAAGCAGAGCAGUUUGAUAUUCAAAACGUUGCUGAGCUGUCUGACAACCUGAUUGACUUCACUGAUCCGACUCCUCUUCUGCCUCCAGUGCAGCAUCCUAAACCUCUCCUCACACCUCGCUGGAUCAUUCCUGCAACAGCCCCUCCCGGCAUCUUUACAAAUGGGCUGGUUGACAUUGAACCCUCAUCUAAGGUGGUCCCUCUCCUCCCCCCUCCAGAAGGGGGAGCAGUUCUCGCAGCAGCACCUGGCAACCUCGCUCACCCACGUAACGCUCUCUCUGUCAGCUACGCGGUUGAGCCGCCUGUCUCGGAGGACGGCGCCAAACCCAGAGGCCUCCUGACCACCGAGCUCUGAUGAUCAUCUACCUGCCACUUCACUGAAUCCAUCCAAGCUGAUCAGAUCUCCUCUUGUGACAUCAGCAUCUUCUAGUGGUGUUAACGACGGACAUUAAGGUGGAGCUAAAACCUGAAAACAGAAGUAAAGACACUACAAAGAGACUCGGUUAUGAUCGAGAACUGGCUUCAGUGGUAGAUACUUAAACUUUUGAGUUGUAGCCGUGAUGUUUAGGACCACUGGAUCUCUGAGCUGCUCCAGGACAUUGAAUGAAGGACUGACCUGAACCUCAAAUGUUGACUUCUUAGUUUUGUAGCACACCACCUUUUUUUUGUGUUUUUUUAAACAAAGCAACAUGUGGGAGUUAUUUGUUGCAGCCACUGGAUGCGAAAACCUCACUGGAUUUUCUUUGCAACACUGGACUUUUCAAAGGAAUUUGAGGAAAGAUGGUAGUUUUACUGUAUUAUUGGUUGUUUUUGUUUUAAAAUGCCCAUUCCUGGAUGUUUGAGUAGCACCAGAAAAGAAGAGCUCUGCCUCUAUUUUUGGAUCCAGUCUAGUAAGCUUUAUCAUAACCACUAAUUUUAAGUUUUAUAAUUUUUUAUAAAAAUUUCACCUUCUUUUAAAUCCACAAUUUCCAUAUAUUUCAUUUAUCAGGCACACGUAUUGUAGCUUGUAAAUCAGGCAUCUAAAUGCCAGAAGCUGUUGACAAGCUGUGACGACGGGACUGCGUGGACUUGACCUCUGUCCUAACAUGUUGUAGCUUCUCUCAUGCCUUAUAUGAAAUGAAUGUGUCAUCCAAGAAUGCUGAAAAUGCCACAGUACAAAUUUAUUUCUGUCUGAUGCUGUUUAAAUUCACAACAGCUGAGGUUUGUCUGCUGAGGGGAAAAUAAACGUGUGAAAUAUUUUAAGGCGGGUUUUUUACACGGUGAAAGUUGAUUUUCUUUUAGACUGUUUGAGUCAGGAAGUUUUAGGGGUGCAACGGUACAUAAUGCACAGCUUCUCGGUUUUAUGUUUAAUGCUACCACAUUGUGAUUUUAUGGCAAGCCAUUCUGCCCUGUAAUCAAAAAUGCACCUCUCUUCAGUUACCAUUUUUCAGAUCCUCCCGGGCUAUUAUGAUUUAAAAAUGACUUGCCAUAAAAUAGUCUUUGUUAAGCCACAAAGCAAGUAAGUGCACAAUUAUAUGACUAUUGGGCUUGCCCUAUUUUGCCACUUCUUAUUGCUGUGGUAUCAUCGGAAACAGCAGCUCUCUGUGCUUUUGACAGACAAACAAGCAGGUUUGUCUUAUUAGUCAUUAGUAAAAGCUAUUCUUGCAUUGGUUCGGUGUGGCUUGCUUUCGAUUGUAGCCUAAUCUUCAAAUUUAUUUUUAACAUUUGACAGAAAGCAAUAAAAAUCAAUGUGUGCACCCUC